CGACGCCAAUUUGAGUUCUGGCGGAGCAGCUAGUGGCUAGGUUCCCUUGGGGCUUGGGCCUUGGUUGUGCUCAGCAUCUGUGACUCCAUAUAUGUUUGCUCGCUCCAUCGCAGUGUCACUGUCACUCUGCUUCAGCGAGCGUUAUUCAGGGCUGCAAGCUUUUUGAAUUGUUAACUGAUAAUAGAGGCAUCAUGGAGACUAAGCGCUGUAACUUCUGGCUUCCCAACAAAAAACGAUUUUGUGCAAACUCCCCGAUUGGUGAUUCCUUGUACUGUGGCAAUCACAACUCAAGGUCCGAAGGCCAGUGGAUCCCAUGCCCCAUAGAUCCUUCCCACUCAGUACUUGAAGAAAACCUCAAAAGCCACGUUAAGCGGUGCCCAUUGCUGAAACAGGUUCAGUCCUUGUCCCUCCAUCCUUUCUAUCGAAAGGGGAUCAAUGCCGGUUCUGAUGGAGAACAAGAAGACAAGGAAGUGUUAGGGGUUGAUGAUUCAAGGUUGCCGGCUAAGACUGUUUCUUCGGAAAUGAAGAGGAAUGCUCUUCAUAAUAUGAGUGUACCUGAAUUUUGCAAUUUACUUGAAAAGAUUGAGUCUAUUCAUGAAUCUUUCUGUAAGGAUAUUCAGGACUCGUUUCAGAUGCCAGAGGUUUGCCGCAUGUGGAUUAAAACUGGAGAAGAAAACAGGAAAUUGCCAUUUCAGGAGAAACAUAUAAUGCAGCAGGCAUCUAUUCUGGGAAACUUGGAAAACUUUGGUAUAUUGAGGAGUUCUUUGAAUAGAAAAUUCUCCAAGAGCGAGGAACCAGAUAAACAGGAGAACCCUGUUCCUGCGGUGAUUGAGUUUGGAGCUGGUAGAGGGUACUUGACACAAAUGCUUGCAGAUUGUUAUGGAAUCAAAAGCGUCUUCCUGGUUGAGCGAAAGUCAUACAAGUUGAAAGCCGAUCGAACUUUGCGACAGAAUGAUAGCUUGAGAUUAGAACGUUUGAGAAUUGACAUUGAGGAUUUAGAUUUGACUGCUGUUGAAUCUUUGCAUGGAGUUCCUUUUCUGGCCAUUGGUAAACAUUUAUGUGGGGCUGCAACAGACUUGGCUAUGAGAUGCUGCUUUCCUGUUAGUAAAGAUAAUGAUGGUGGACAACGCGAUGUCAGUAAAAAUCUUGGAGGUUUAGCAAUCGCGACAUGUUGCCACCAUCUUUGCCAGUGGAAACACUAUACAAAUAAAAGGUAUUUCUUGGAUUUGGGGAUGACAAAAGAAGAAUUCCAUGCUAUUACUUGGUUUACAAGCUGGGCUGUAGAUGCUAAUCAUGGUUCAGAUCUUCCUGAUGCCACUGAUUUCAGAUCACAUUUCCAAUCAAUCAGAAAGGAGCAAGGUGAUGGUUAUGUGGAUGGAGUUGAAAAAAUCCUUGCAGACAUGGAAGCACCUAAACGAGCAGCAUUGGGUUUCAAGUGCAAGUGGAUUAUUGAUAUGGGAAGGUUGAUGUGGUUAAGAGAAUUAGGGUUAGAUGCAGAGCUUGUCAAAUAUGUUCCACCCACCUUGUCCCCAGAAAAUCACUUGCUAAUAGCUAGACCUGCAAAUUAUUUGUAAACUGUAUUUUUCCCUCUUAUUGGUAUCCUAUGUGACCUUAUAUUUAUUGUUAGGUUGA